AUGAGCAGCUACUUGAAUUAUAACAGAUACCAACAACCAACCAAACAGGACCAGAAUGCCAACACCAACCUCGACCAGGAUUUGUCCAAUUCUCGAUCUUCGAAAUAUCAGACUAAUCAGUUGGAAGUGAAAAAGUACCUUAAGGCUACGUUAAGUCCACAUCACCCGCAGCUUUUUCAGUCAAAGUUUAGCAACGAUAAUGUUGAUCUUAUGGAUAUCCUUCAUGACGGCGAAGUUUUGUGCAAAUUGGGAGCAUUACUACCUUCAAGCAAAGUCCCUAACAAUCCCUGUGCUUCCAAAUUCAAGAAUUCCAAGAUGCCGUUCAUCCAGAUGGAAAAUAUUCUGUUUUUCCUCAAGAUAUGUGAAGCUAUAGGAUUGCCUCAUGACGAAAUUUUCCAGACCAUUGAUUUGUAUGAAGCUAAAGACCCUUACCAGGUGAUUAUCACACUUAUGUCAUUUUCCAGACUUGCCAAUAGCAUCGAUUCAAACGUUUUUUCAACAGUUAUUGGCCCAAAGCCAGUCAAAGUAAAACCAACAGUACCGGUGAAACCAUUCAAGUUGAGAUCCUGA